AUGGUCAAAUAUAAGUUGAUUCCUAGGAACACCGUCAUCCCCACCAAGAAAUCUCAAGUCUUUACCACUUACCAAGAUCAACAGACUACCGUCUCUAUUCAGGUUUUCAAAGGUGAGAGGAGUCUAACUAAAGACUGCAGGUUGUUGGGGAAGUUUGAUCUGUCUGGAAUCCCUCCAGCACCCAGGGGCACUCCUCAAAUUGAGGUCACCUUUGAGGUCGACGCCAACGGCAUCCUCAACGUAAAAGCUGAAGACAAGGGCACAGGAAAAUCCGAAAAGAUAACCAUCACCAAUGAAAAGGGCCGCCUGAGUCAAGAAGAGAUUGACCGAAUGGUUCGCGAGGCAGAGGAGUUCGCCGAAGAGGACAGGAAGAUCAAGGAGAAGAUUGAUGCCCGCAACCAAUUGGAGACCUACGUGUACAACAUGAAGAACACGAUCAGCGACAAGGAGUUGUCCAAAACUUGUUUCAUAAGGUUUUGUUUAGGGUUAGCUCAGUAACUGCGAGGAGGGUUU